AGUACAUGUGAGACAGAUGGGCUGGUAACAACAGCCGGCUCUCAGAUAAUAAGGAAGGAAAUGUGUGAUUUUCCUUUCUUUUAACCUCUUUUCGACGAGCCACAGUCACGUGAGCGAAGUGCUGACUGCAGCCACUCACUUCCUAUCUUUCAACAACCUGAUCGUCAUUUAGUCAGCAAGAUCUUUACUCGGUUUGGCACUUGAGGACAUGGAGGCAGCAAAGGAGCUGUGAUAGAUAAGAUAUCUCCCAACUUGAACUAACAGCUACUGCAAGACUGCACAAACCCACUUGGACAGCAACACACAACUGUAAUCAACUGACCACCGAGUGACGAGCUCACAGACAGAUUGACACUUUGACCAGCCAGGGCUUCAGAUAAAUGGCUGACAAGCAGAUCAGUUUGCCUGCCAAAUUGAUCAAUGGGGGGAUCGCUGGCCUGAUCGGAGUGACCUGUGUGUUUCCCAUUGACCUGGCCAAGACUCGCUUGCAAAACCAGCAAAAUGGAUGUCGCCUUUACACCAGCAUGUCAGAUUGCCUUAUUAAGAUCAUCCGGUCCGAGGGGUAUUUUGGGAUGUAUCGAGGAGCGGCAGUGAACUUAACACUCGUCACGCCUGAGAAAGCCAUUAAAUUGGCUGCCAACGACUUCUUCAGGCAACACCUCUCCAAGGAUGGAAAACUCACUCUGCUCAAAGAGAUGCUGGCUGGGUGCGGGGCAGGUACAUGCCAGGUUAUUGUUACAACUCCUAUGGAGAUGCUGAAAAUCCAGCUCCAAGAUGCUGGACGAAUUGAGGCUCAGAGGAAGCUGAUGCCAGAGACGGUGGCAGCGGGUACUGUGGCGACCAAGUCUCCAACAGCCAUGCAGCUCACCAGAGAACUGUUGAGGGAAAAGGGUAUUGCUGGGCUGUAUAAGGGCCUUGGUGCCACCUUGCUCAGGGAUGUUCCUUUCUCCAUCAUCUAUUUCCCCCUUUUUGCCAACCUGAACAACCUGGGCAAAAGAGGCGUAGAUGGGCCUGCUCCCUUCUACGUGUCGUUUCUCUCAGGCUGCCUUGCGGGGAGCACAGCGGCCGUUGCCGUCAACCCUGUUGAUGUGAUAAAGACCAGACUGCAGUCACUGAACCGAGGAAGCACAGAAGACACGUACAGUGGAGUGACUGACUGUAUCAGGAAAAUUAUGCAAAAUGAGGGACCAUCAGCCUUCCUGAAGGGAGCCUACUGUCGAGCCUUGGUCAUUGCACCUCUGUUUGGCAUCGCCCAGGUGAUCUACUUCUUGGGUGUGGGGGAAUUUAUUCUCAGCUCCUUGACUAGAAAAGAAAACUAAAAAGCACAUCCUUUCUGCCUUUCCCUCCCACAAUGCAUCACGCCAACUGCGUUCAUCUCAUUCUGAAAGAAAUGUCCAAUGGGUCAAAGCGUGACCGGUCAGUACAUGUUGUUUUGAAUUUGUUGUGUUGAAUGUUGAAAUCGUUUCGGAGGGAGCCUUUAUUUGCCAAGCUGCCUAUGGGGGCACACAACAAUCCAGGUGGCAUGCUGAGCUAGCUCUCUGGAAAUAAAGCCACACAUAUCAGUUGACGUUUUAAAGGAAUAUUGCUUGUAUAAUUACAGCAUCUUAUUGCAUUUUGUGAAAAUGAUUGUCGAAUUUCCAAAGUAGACGUACUGCCCAUGGUUGCUGCAGUUCUGCAAGCCUACACUACCUAGUUUUAAAAAGCAUUAGUUUCUGAAUUACAAAGAGACCUUAGUGAUCAUUAUACAUAAUACAUAGUUAAAUUAAAUGCACGUACUUUACUUAGAAAGAUAUUUGUAAACAUAAGAAGAAUAGAAUAUUUAAAAAAAACACACUAUUCAAAGAAUUCCCCCAGACCCUAUGUCUUAAGAAAUAAUAUAUUUAGAAUUAGAGCAAGACAUAGAGUAUGCCUCAGUUUCAGACAAAGACCCAGGGAAUGUAUUGAUAUGAUAUCAGCACACCCCCUCUGAUCUUUCCUGAGAAGCCACACCCCUUCCUGUAAGUGGUUGUAAUGAAGCCAUUCAGCUCCACGCUGACUUGGGUUGCCUUGGCUUUUUAACGUAGAUCAGGUUCCAUUUGAUAUUUAGUGCUACCACAAUGGUAUGACUGUUUUGCCUCAGUGAAAAAGAUAUCUCCUUUUUUUUCGUAGUCACACCCUAAAGUGAUGGGACACUGUACAACAUUCGGACAUUAUGCACACUACACAAACUCAUUGUUUAAAGCUGCCUCUAUGCGUCUUUCUAUGGGCUGAAACUGUCAAGCAUUGUAGUUGUGGCCACACCCCAAUCAGAGAUGUCACAGCAGGGCUUUUGCCUUUGAGAGAUGACGGGAAACACCUGCUGUGACAUCACAUAUGGGAUUGCAGCCAAAAGUGCUGUGCACUUUAAGCAUUUCAGUCCACCGAGGAAAGCGUUAGCUGUGAGCGCUAAAUGGGUUGAAAGUCAUUUAAAUAGGAUGCAGGUUAUUAGCAGAUUAUUUGGGAAUUAUGCUGACAAAUGGUCAGCCAUUACACGCUGAGGCCUCAUGAGGACAGUCAUCCAUUGUGGAGCCAGUAAGACCUGAGCUGGAGUAGUUCACACCCCUCAGAUCCAGACGUAAUUAUUAUUGUUUACAGAUUUGUUCACACAUCCAUUGGCAGGACUCAAAGAGCUAAUGGUGAAUCUUUCUUUAUCUGAAAAUCCAACCAAUGUGUUUUCGGUGUUCUGUGAUUUUACCAAACAUCUCGGCUUGUUUGCUUUAGAGGUUUUGUUUGCUUUAAGCUGCGAGGGAAAGCAGCGCUGUUGUAUCUUGUUUAUGCAUCACAACACUGAAGCCCCGCCAUUGGUUUAUCUCGCCGGAGAUCAAGGUGACUUUGAUAUGUAUUAUCCAAUCACAUUCCUUCCUCGCUCCCACUGUUCAAGCAGCUCCUCGAUUAUGAUGUUGCACUGUAGAUACGCCGUGCAACUUUUCAAUGUUUUAUCAUUUGUGGGAGUGAGAUCUAUUUAUCAAAAAUCCUUUCUAUGGGCAGUAUAGCACUAUAUAUAUGUAUGUGUUGUUUUUUCUGUGUCAAAGUGUCCACCUUAACUAUAUUGUACAUAUGCAGAUGAUAUGAACUUUAUGUUUUAGAAUUUAUUGUUUGGUUUGUACAUGAUGGCUUAUUUGCACACCUACCUCUCCAGCCCCCCUCCUCAAUCCAUUAUGUUGUGAUUCUAUGUUAUGAUGAUGUGGACAUAUCAAAUGAAAGAACAUGUUUUAAUGCAACAAACAUAAUUUGAACUUAAAUGCAGCAUGUUGAAGAUUAUUAUAUAUUUUUUUUUUAUGUGUUACUGAAUACAAAGAGGAACACUAGUAUAGAUCAAUGAGGGUUUAUUGGAGGUGUCAUUAUUGGUUAAUUGGUCAGUCUAUUGUCCUGUUUCUUACAGUUUUAUCAACCGGGACCAAACGGAACACCGUUUAAUGAUGAUAGAAGUGUAGGUCGUUUUAAAUGAAUGACCCCUGGGACUAUAAAACAGUCCUGGGAGUGAAGUAUCAUGAAAUACAGCCUGAACAAGGCCUAUAGGGACCUGCUGACAUCAGACUGGAAAUCCUACCAUCUCUGAAUGGUGCUUCUUUCACGAGGUAGCUGCAAUAUGACAUUGAUGGCUCUAACGACCAAGGCUAGCGAAUGUCAGCGUUAUCAAUGUCUUAACCGAAGCCAUAGGUCAGUGAGGGACAAGAGCACUGCUAGACAUGGACUGGCACCUCCAGCCCUGCUGACAGAUGACAGCCGGGCCACAGGAAAACGGUGAAAAGACCUGUCUAGCCGCAUACGCUCGUCUUUAUAAAUUACUGUUGUAGUUAUUCAACAUUCCGAUUGCCAGUUCAUCUCAUAUAUGCUGUUUUAUUGUAAUAAUGCCUAUUUUUGUGUUGUUGAUAUUAUCGUUAUGAUUUUUUUUAAACUCCCCACCCCCUCUCUUGUUGUUUUCUGAUUUAUUUGUCUGUAUCUUUGGUUGACUCUUGAAAAUGUUGUGCAAGUACUUUUGUUUUACUCAGCUGUGAAUUUUCACUGACCUUGUGCAUUUGGUUAUAUAUGUGUGUGUGUGUGUGUGUGUGUGUGUGUGUGUGUGUGUGUGUGACUGUGUAGUGCUGUAGUUGAUGUGUAGUUGUUAAGUGUGACACUGCGGUAUUUUUCUCUUUGAUUGUCAGACCCGUGUCCUCUCCCCUCUCUCCUUCUAUCUUUCACACUCCUCUGCCAUCGUCUCUCCCCGGCAUCCACAGCCGGGGCUGCAGGUUGAUGCAGGGGAGCUCUAAAACACCAAAUGUAUGACUUAGAGUGUAUACAAUCAAAGAAAGCACAAAGGAUUAUUAGGCACAAGAGAGCACAUGACCCACUUUGAAUAUACUCAGACAAAGUCAAGCAUUGUGCUGCUUUUGCAGACAUGGAUUGAAGUCUGAUUUAUUCAAGUGGAGAUGUCGAUUGAGAUUAACUUUUGAGUCUUGUAAGAAGGUUUAUCUAUGUCUGUAAAACUUGAUCCACAGGGCUGAGACGACAUGUCCAUUAUAAGAGACCCUUGUGAUGGUGUCCACAAUGUCACCCAUCAGCAGUUAUCCACAAAAUGUAUAUCGCCUAUAUAUUCUAAAUGAAUCAGAUAUAAGAAUGUAUCUUAGAUAUUAUGAGAUGUAUUAUUAUUAUUAUAGUGAAGAGUUUAUUACAUUUUAAUCUAAAGAUGUGUGCUUUACACAUUCACUGAAAAUGUUCAUGUACCAGCUCACUGAUAUGCAAUAAGUAGGAGCCACACACAGACACACACUAGAAGAAAAUAAAAAAAAUAAAUAAAAAUGACGGCAAAUUGGAGGCCUUCUGGGGUCCCUUCACGGCCUCUGUUGUCUUCCUCCAAGAGGAACUGUGCAUUAUGACACUAUACAAUAGGGAACCUCACCCCACUGUCCAUCUACUAAGUCUCUCUGUGGCAAAGAGGGUGUUUAUGAAUAUGUGUGAUGAUUGACAGUUGUUCAAGACAUUGUUGACAAUGCAAUUGAGAAGAAAAAAAAGACAUCCCAAAUAUUGUGUUCCCUGUCACAAUUUGCUGUUCAAUAAACUGACUGUCCUG